AUGCUGGCCACUAUAAAUGACAGUCGAUCAGAUGAAAUCAUUGCUGGGACAGUUGUACUCACGGUAGGCCUCAUAGGAAAUGCGUUAAAUAUCGCUGCUGUGGUGAUGAUAUACCGUACGCCUUCAUUGCACAAUGCUUUCGGAUUCAUUUGUGCUUCACAUCUGCUCGCCGACGUUGGCCUACUCACCGUGUUUUCGUUUUGGGCUGCUCCGAUGCUUCUUUUCGGUGCUCCUGAGUCAUUAACCCAAUCCUAUAUCGGUAAAAGAAUGGGUCAGCUUGUUGUUUUAUUCUGGUAUGCAUCUAUAUAUGGCCAGUUACAAAUAGCUUUGAAUCGACUUUUGGCUAUCAUAUCUCCUUUGAUGUACAGUUCAGUCGUCUGUGUGAGAGUUUGGAAGGUUUGGAAGGAACAUAAUAACUUUCCGUGGAAACCUCACUCGCUUAUGCCCUCUUGGCAUGAAGCACCAAUCAUGCAAGCGCUCAGUACGCACGAUCACGCUAGUUCAGUUGCAAUCUUCGAGUUGGGCACCUGGGGAGCCAAGGACGGAUGUACAUUUGCGUUCCAUGUUGACAUGCUAUUUUGGUCGUAUGCUAAAACCGAAUGCGGUCAGACACUGGCUCUAUACUUGGCUUUUUUUCAUGGAGCAAUUUUGUGCGCUAUAGUCGUUAUCAUUGAUACCAUUGCAUUUCUUGCUAUUCUGAAGAAUGCAAAGAAGUUAAGAAAGUCCAUAGGUAAAGCUCAGGAGACGAUUAUGCUGAAGAAUAAUGUACGGCUUUACGGGCAGGGUUGUGUCCAAGCCUUAUGCUUCGUAUUAGCAAUUUUGGCUUUUCAUUUUACACCUGGAUUGUUGACAACAAAAUGGUCAAGAUUCGCUACGCUAACUGCUGGAUGGGAAUUUGUCCAUGCGGUGGAUGGGCUCAUCUUGAUUUUAUUUCACGAAAAAUUCCGCGUACUGCUGUGUCAUCCGUCUUCACUCUGGCAGAAAGCAGCUCCACCCACUUCCGCGACACCAAGGUAUAAUUUCAGUAUUUUGACAGAAAAACCACGUUAG